GAGAACGCAAAAAAAGAUAAUAAAAAAAAUAUUAAUAGGCGGUGCCGUUGCAAAGGCUGAAAAUCGGCGCUACUUGGCUCACAACAAAACAAAAACACGAGACGUCCUCCGCUGCCGCAUGUCACGCCUGUCAGACCCCCUACAGACCUAGGCCUACCCAGCCUUAGCGGAUUUACUCCAUUUUUUUAAGUUUCUGUGCAGUAAUACGGUUGACAGCAGAAUGGGACAGCAUAUAUAAUCCCUGACCUCCUUCAGACUCCUCCAUCACCCCCCUCAGGAUUGGCUGCACCGGCUGAACAGACAUAGAUAAAGACGAAGAGAAGUACGUAAGACCAAGGCUGAACAUAUUUAGUCAUAAUUACUAGACAAAGACCUCUCCAAUUUAUUGCCUCUGCCUCCAUUACCCGCCUCAGGAUUGGCUACACCUGCUGAACAGACAUAUAUAAGAGACGAAGAGGAGUACGUAAGACCAAGAAUGAACAUACAAAGUCAUAAUUACCAGACAAAGACCUUUCCAAUUUAGUCCCUCUGCCUCCAGUACCCACCUCAGGAUUGGCUACACCGGCUAAACAGAUAAAAUUAAGAUACGAAGACCAUGCCAGUAAUACCCGAGACCAACGGCUGAACAGAGAAAGCCAUAAUUACAAGGCAAAUACCAUACCAAUAGUGCUUGAAAUCCAGUGACCCUUGCAGUGGUGUAGUCUGAAACUUGGGUCUCGUGUCUGUGUCCCCAACCUGACUUAGAGAAGACAUUGAUUGCUGAAAAAUACCAAAACAUAAUACCGGUGCAUAUAACAAGAAUGAGGAUGCACAAAAAUAUCUAGAAAGGUGGACGUUCGGAGCGAGUAUAAGUGGUGACGUUCACAAGAAGAAGAAUAAAGCAGCAUCGGGAUGGGUAGUGGAGAAGCCGAAGGAGGCAGGACAGACCCCGAGAGUGUGUCCUUCACCCACCGGCUCCUCAACACUCACAUCACCGCCCUCAGCACCAAGGAGAAUGUCGUGUUCAUUGGUGAGGGCCAGCACUGCCAUGCGCAUGACGUGGCCAGUGGGAGGCAAGUGGCCAGCACUCAGGUGUUCCGUGCUGCAGCGGUGCAUGGUCUCAGGGUCCAGCCCAGCCCAGGGGACAGCAGGGCAGCGUGGCUAGUGCUGGCGUUUGGACAGAAGAGUUUGGCGGUGCUUCUCUAUCUCGCUGCUGAAGGGAAAUUUGUUGUGCUUCAACCCGAGAGCACCGUUGAGGACUGGAUCGUCGACGCUGGCCUGGAAAAGGACCUCUCACACAUUGUCGUAGCCACAGGGCACAACUCGCUCCUGCGCUGUCAAACCCCAGACCUGGCGGAGCGCUGCAGGAACCUCUGGGAACACACAAGCGAACUAGAACCUGAGGCCUCACCAGGAACACAAGAGGCAGAAUCUAUAGACUUAAUGCACAGAGUAAAGGAAGGUGGAAGGACCGGUAACUUGACUGUGAAUGAAGAUGAAAGGAUUGACGGCUUAGCUGGGAAAGAAGAAGGAAGUCGUUGUGACCAAGCUGUGAGGGAAGAUGGAAGGAGUAGUGGCUUGGUUAUGACAGAUGAUGACAGGAGUGGUAUCUUGGCAGUGAAGGAAGAGGGAAGGAGUGAUGGCCUGUCCAUAAAGAAAGAUGAAAGAAGUGGUGAUUUAGUUGUGAAGAAAGAUAGAAGGAGUAGAAACUUAGCUAUGAAGGGAGAUGGAAAGGGUAGCGGUUUAUCAGUAAUGUCUCGAGUGGCUUGUGUCGAGAGAUGCGUGCUCUUCUCUGGCCACUUGGUAAUGAUGUCUGGCCGCUGGGAGGGUGCCGUCAUGCUGGCCGGCACCAUGGCACUGCAGGUGAUGGUGUGGGCGCCGUGGGGACCAAGGAACAGUGACGGCAAUGCACUUCCUCUACACUGUUUGUGGGGACAUCAGGGUUCUAUAUUCUCCAUCACCUUCAACCCAUCACAAGGCCUCAUCACCACCACCUCGGACGACCGCAGCCUCAGAGUGUGGGAGGUGGUGCGACAAGACACCUCACCCCACCCCACAACCACCUCCACCAUCGCCCUUCCCAACACCCCAGACGAGGAACAGCUCUACUGGACGUCCGCCAAAAUCACCGAGAAGUCCGCACUCUUUGGCCACCGUGCGCGUGUCUGGCGGUCUCUCAUCCUACCGUCAUGUCUAGUCAGCGUUGGCGAGGACUCGAUCGUAUGUAUCUGGGACCACUCCGGGGCACUGAUGGCGUCCUGGAGGGCUCACGAGGGUGCCAGCAUAUGGAGUGUGGCUGCUACUGAGGGUGCCAAGGGGAGACUCAUAACAGGGGGUGCUGACGGUAGUGUGAAGACCUGGAGUAUGAGUGCAAUGGUCCCGGUUAGAGCUGAACCGGUGGAUGGACUGCCCUGGGGUGGUUCCUUAGGGGUUGAUGGAUGUGUGGGGCCUGCGGAAGGAAGCUCAGAGGUGACGACAGGGCAACGAGACAGUAAACUUUUAUUAAACACUGAGGAUGAGGGAUUUAGUUUGCCUGAAGCCGCUCGCCAAGAAGCAGUUACUAUAAAAAUGAAGUCACCAACAAUUGAAGACUUUCCAGGGGUGGCUAAAGAGAAAACAGAUGAUAAUGGACUCCUAUUGAACACUAAGAAUGAGAAAUCUAAUACGUCUGAGUCUGGUAAACGCUUUAGAAAAACUCGCCAAGAAAGAGUGAGUCUAGAGAUAAGGUCACCAGCAACGGAGGACUUCGCAGGGGUGACCAAAGAGAAAGCGGAUCUUGAGCUUUUAUUAAACAGCGAGGGAGGGGAGUGUAACGCGCCUGGGACUCGUGAGCUCUUCCGUGACACCCCUCAAAAAACAGUAAGAGAGACUCCAACACCAACAUCAACAGAAGCAUCAAUGGACAGAUUUGGAGACACUAACACAUUACCCGAAUCCCACGAACUCUUCAGCGACGCACCACAUAAAAAAACACCAACAAAACCCAAAAUAACAACUGACUUCCCGCGAUGCCUUGGACUCUUAGGGGAUGGCCUGAUGGUGGUGGUGACUAACUGCGGAAAGAUUUACUCCAAGAUCCGUGAAAGGUCCUGGUGCUUGGAGUAUGAGGACGAGAGGCUCAGUAACUAUUCCAUCCUUGAAGCCAGCCCGGAGAGAGGACGAGUGGCUGUGGGAACCCUGACUGGCGAUAUCGUGGUCUUGCGUCUAGGAGAGGGCAGCAGACUGGUGGUGGAGGCCGUGGCUGAGGGGCUGCCCGGGAAGGUGUUCGCCCUCCAGUGGCUCACAGCUGGUCGUGUCCUUGCCCUUGGAGCGUCCGGAGUCAUGACCACCUGGGAGAUACAGCCUGGAGGCAAAAUAAAAGCUGUCAACACUCACCACCUGCCUGUCAGCAUGCACCGGUGGCUCUGUGCUGUGUAUGUGCCCUCCGCUGACACACCUACUUCUGACAUCUCCACCCCUGCUGUCACGCCUUAUCUCGUCUGUGGUGACCGUGCUGGCAGUCUCCACCUCUACACCCUGACCGACCCUAAGCCACAGGACACGUUACGAGGGAUACACGGGAAGAACGGAGUGACGAGCCUUUUGUCGUGGGGUGGCGGCGGCGUUGUGUACAGCAGUGGACGGGACGGGUGUGUGAGGAGCCUGCGGGUGUGUGCUGGUGGUGGUGAUGGUGGUUGCCCUCGCCUCCAGCCUCUCACAGUUACCAGGGUGUGUAGGGCAAGCUGGGUGGCACGUCUUCUCUGCGUAUGGGGGAAGCUGCUGGCUGUCUGUUUUCAUGGGGUCAAACUGGUGCUGUGGGAUGUGAAGGCAGAGCAGGAGCUGUUGGAGGUGGAGUGUGGGGGGGCGCACCGCUCAUGGGACCUGGUUGUGUGUGGUGAGGAGGGCGGCCUGGUGUGUGGUUUCCUCAAGGAUGGCGUCCCUCACACCUUCUCCACGUCACUCUCAGACAAGCUCCUGCCGAUCAUAAAGCCUCCCCUAAACAGCCAAGAGACCAUGGGCGUGUGUGUUCUGCCCCAGCCUGGCCGCGAGACCCUCCUGGUUACCGCCGGGGAGGACACAACUCUACGCCUGCAUGCCCUGAGCCACCCUGGGCACCUCCGACCCCUGGGUGUUCUGCGGAGCCACCUGUCGGGAGUGCGAGCCUUGUGUGUGGUGGAGAGUUUGGGUGUGAUAGUAGAGAAUGGUGAAAAGGAAGGGAAAUAUAGUGAGUUGAGGGGACAGAUAGUAGAUGGCUCUGGAGAUGAUGAUGCCAGGGUAGGGAAGGAUAGUGAAAUGAAGGGUUGUAUGGAAGAUGAUGAUGAUAGUAAUGGUUCCAAGGAUAAUGAUAAUAGAAAGAAGAGGCACAUGGUAGAUAGCACACAAGAUGAAGAUAGUAACAGCCCUGGAAAUAGUAAUGAUGCCAAGAAUAAUGAAGAUAGGAAGCAGGAGAAGGAACACAUAACAGACGACCUUCAAGAUAAUAAUACCAGUGAAGAUAAUAGUGCGAACGAGAGGAAGAGGAAGGAACAAGCAACAGACGCUACAAAACACAACGGCACUCUCUGGAUGGUGUCAGCAGGAGGCCGGGCGGAGUUCAAACUAUGGCACUGCACCCUAGAUACUCCCACAAGUGCCUCGGUCCCCUGUGGCACUCCUACACACCCCCCAGGGCAGACGACAGGGGGAGAGGGCAAGAAAGACGACCUGAGUGUGACCUGUCGGGAGGUUGGGUCACACAUGCUGCGUACCGGCUCACACAAGACUUGGAGGCACCAGCAGCUGACGUUUGACCCGGAGACGCGCUACAUGGCUGCGGCGGCUUUCUGGGUCACCUCGUCUGUGGCCCUGGUGGCUCUGGCGUCCUCCGAUGGGUUCCUCAGGCUCUUCUCAUUCCAAGCUGGAGGUGAGACAUCAGGAAAGGCAAGGGGGCGGGAAGAGAUGCGGCUGGCGGAGGUGUGUGCCGUGGAGUGUGGGUCCUGCCUGCUGAGUGUGGCCCGGCUCGGGGGUCUGACACGGGCCGUACUAGUGACCUGUUCCACCCGGGGUCAGGUCACGUUCUGGGACUUGCAGGACACAGUGGAAUGGGUCUCACAACACACAGCACCUCAGGAGGAAGCCACACCUCUAAGCCACAGUCCGCCACAGCCACGCCAGCUCACCACAGUCGCCGCCCACCAGUCAGGCAUCAACAGCAUCACCUUCCACCACCACCGAGACCCCACGCGCAUCACCAUGGCGACCGGCGGUGAUGACAACAAGAUCAGUGUGUGGGAAGUGGUGGUGGUGGAGGAGAACAGUGGUGUUGAGGUGGUGGUGACCGAGCGGUGUUGUGUGUUUGGCCAUGCGUCUCAAGUGUCAGGACUGGCUUGGUUGUCAGCGGAGCAUCUGUUGAGCACCUCCAUCGAUCAGCGUCUCACCGUAUGGAAGUACAACCGAGACACAGCCAUGCAGACAGAACCCACGGAAGACGUCAUUUUUCACACAGAACCAAGAGAGCUCAACAAGACAGCUGGACAAGAGAAUAGAACCAUUGAAAAAGAAACCACAGAAGCCAAAACUACUUAUCUAGAACCAGAAGAACAAUACGAAACAACCAGACAGGGACAUAGAACCACAAGGGAAGAACCAUUAGAAGACGGCACUGAUAUACAAGGAGAACCAUUCAUGACAACUAGACAGGAAGACAGAACCACUAAAAAAGAACCGGAAAAAGACAGAACCACAUGUACAGAACCAGACGAACAACGCAAAACAGGAAGACAUGGAAACCGAACCACAGAUAAAGAACCGCGACCAGAAGAGAACAUUACGAACCGCCACUCCCUCACCCCUAUAGGCUCAUGCUUCUCUGGGGUCCCGGAUGUGAAGGGCCUCGUCGUCACUGAUAUAGAUGAUGGAAAGAAGAAGAAGGGGAAGAAGAAGGGUCGGAUAACUGAGAAAAAGGUGUUUGUGUAUGGAAUGGGCAUGCAAGUGUUUGAUGUGACUGUGGGUGAUACUGUAAGAUGAUAUAAAGAUGUAUGCAAUAAAUUAGUAGAUUGGAUUA